AUGGCUGCGGCGAUGGUAAUGGUGGUUAGUGACAGUGGUGGAAGUGGCGGCGUCGUGGUGGUGGCAAUGGUGUGUGAUUGCGGCAACGGUGAUGUAAAUGGCUACGGUGGCGACAGCGGUGGUGGCGGCAGUGGUGAUGUCAAUGGCUGCGGCGGUGGUGCUGAUGGUGACAACAAUGGUUGUGGCGAUGAUGGUGGUGGUUGUGGUGGAGUGGUGGUAGCGGCAAUGGCUGUAGCAAUGGUAGUGGUAGUUGGUGACGAUGGUGAUGAUGGUGGCAGUGGUGGUGGUGGCGACAAUGGCUACGAUGAUGGUUGUGGUGAUUUGUGGCGGUGGUGGUGA